AUGGCCGCACGAAGCGCAGCCCUCAAGCUCGACUGGACCAAGGUCACCUCCUCGCUAGGUCUGCGCGGACAGACCGUCGCAGGCCUUCAGGCCUUCAAACAGCGCAACGAGAACGCCCGCCGCAAACUGCAGGCUCUGUCGGAACUGCCGACGACGGUCGACUUUGCGCAUUACCGAUCCGUGCUCAAGAAUCAGGCCGUGGUCGACGAGAUCGAGAAGCGUUUCGCCGCCUUCAAGCCUGCCCAGUACGACGUCACUCGCCAGCUCAAGGCCAUCGAGGCUUUCGAGAUUGAGGCUGUCAAGAAUGCCCAGAGUACGAAGGAGAAGGUCGAUUUGGAACUUAAGGACCUCGAGGCUACCCUGACAAACAUUGAGACCGCUCGCCCCUUCGAGGAACUUACUGUUGAUGAGGUUGCUGCUGCUGAGCCCUCGAUCGAUGAGAAGACGGCUAAGUUGGUGUCCAAGGGCCGCUGGUCCGUUCCGGGAUACAAGGAGAAAUUCGGCGAUCUUUCCGUACUAUAG